CCGCGGCGCUGUUGUGGCGGGGGGGGCGGCGGGCGGCCGAGGAGCCCGCGGAGUCCUAGCGCCGGUCCUGCGUGCGGCUGCGGCGGGCCGGACCGAGCGCCUCGCCGCAGGAUUAAUUUAUUUUUGGAAAUCAAGUGCAAUAUUAAAGGGAAAACAAACCACACUACAUUAUUGGAAGCCAUUUCUGCUAAUUUUAUUACAUUUUAAAAUUUAUGAUUUGAUUUGAAUUCUAUCAUGGGAGGAGCUGUGAGUGCUGGGGAAGAUAAUGAUGACUUAAUUGAUAACUUAAAAGAAGCUCAGUAUAUCCGCACUGAAAGAGUGGAGCAAGCCUUCAGAGCGAUUGAUCGCGGAGAUUACUAUUUGGAAGGCUACCGAGACAAUGCUUACAAAGACUUAGCCUGGAAGCAUGGGAACAUACACUUGUCAGCACCUUGCAUUUAUUCUGAAGUUAUGGAAGCAUUGAAACUUCAACCAGGAUUGUCUUUUCUUAACCUGGGAAGUGGAACCGGAUAUUUAAGUACAAUGGUGGGCUUAAUUUUAGGUCCUUUUGGAAUAAAUCAUGGGAUUGAGCUUCAUUCAGAUGUGGUGGAAUAUGCCAAGGAAAAAUUGGAGAGCUUCAUCAAAAAUAGUGAUAGCUUUGAUAAAUUUGAGUUCUGUGAACCUGCAUUUGUGGUUGGUAAUUGCCUCCAGAUAGCAUCUGACAGUCAUCAGUAUGAUCGAAUUUAUUGUGGGGCUGGUGUCCAGAAAGACCAUGAAAACUACAUGAAAAUAUUACUGAAAGUUGGAGGCAUUCUAGUCAUGCCUAUAGAAGAUCAGUUAACACAAAUUAUGCGAACUGGACAAAACACUUGGGAAAGUAAAAACAUCCUUGCUGUUUCAUUUGCUCCACUUGUACAACCAAGUAAGAAUGAUAAUGGCAAACCAGAUUCUGUAGGACUCCCCCCCUGUGCUGUCAGGAAUCUACAGGACUUGGCUCGUAUUUAUAUUCGACGUACACUUAGAAAUUUCAUAAAUGAUGAGAUGCAGGCCAAGGGGAUUCCUCAGAGGGCUCCACCCAAAAGAAAAAGAAAGAGGGUUAAACAGAGAAUUAAUACUUACGUAUUUGUGGGUAAUCAGCUUAUUCCUCAGCCUCUAGACAGUGAGGAGGAUGAAAAAAUGGAAGAAGAUAAAGAAGAGGAAGAGAAAGAUCACAGUGAAGCCAUGAAGCCCGAGGAGCCACCUCAGAAUUUACUGAGAGAAAAAAUCAUGAAACUUCCCCUCCCUGAAUCUUUAAAGGCUUACUUGACAUAUUUUAGAGAAAAAUAACUUAGAUCAAGAAGAAAGAAUGCCUACUGAUAAUUCCUUUGGUCUUGAAAAUGUAGCAUUUGUUAGGAGUUAAAAGAGAAUUCUUUCAUCAGUGCGAAUUAUAGUGAUAAAAGUAUAAUUUGUUUUUGUCUUAGUAAUAAAAAUGAUGUAUUCAGUAAAUAAAAAGAAUCCCUUUUAUAAAAUAUAUUUUUCUUUAAAUCUUGGAAAAAAAUGCUGUUUUAACUCAGAGUGACUUCAAGAGUGGAAUGCAACAAUACUCAAGAUUUGUGUACUGUAAAUCCUUUUCUGGUUCCUUACAGAUUUGUAGUGCUGAGGCUUACAUUUAAUUUUGUAUAAGGUUAAAUAAUUGUUAAGCAUAUACUGAUUUUUGAAUUGCAGUUGUUUGCAUUUCCUCUAUGAAAACUUUCUUUUCUAAUCAGGAAAUCAAAUGCCGUAUAGACCACUGACCUUACUUUGUUGCAAUCACUAUUGCUGAGUCGCUGUAGUAUUCCGGGCAAUACAUGAGUGCAAUAACAAUACAGAUACUGAAUAAUUUAGCUUUAAAAAACAAAAACAAAAACAAAAAACAUUUCGUGAAAUUCAACAGCACUGCUACUUUUGCUUUUGAAUCUAUUGCCAAAAGAUAUGGGGAAACUAUCUGCUUCUCUCAUAGAGAUUUUAAGAGCACAUCAAGUGAGUAUUAAAUAAAAAGUAUAUACCUAAUACAGUUCUUAAUUUGUGUGGACCCUUUACAUUUUCAGUAUUUAAAAAUAAUGAGGUUAUCUUACUUGCUGGAGUUUUAGAAGAUAGUAUAUUUAGGUUUGGUUUUUCUGUUAUCCGCUGUGCUUUAUACAGUAUUUGGUUUAAAAAAGAAAACCCAUUGUUCUGUAUGACUGUUGACAGCGCAAACAGGGAGUAAAUGUGGGUAAUGGCCUCUUUCUUAGGUUGUGCUCAGAGGCAGGACCAGAGCAGAUUUGGUCAGCAGGUGCACUUUAGCAAAUGGAACUCCUAGUUCAUUUGAAUAUUUGUCUUUGACAAGGUAGGACUGAGCUAGCCUACAUUUGCUUUGAAUUCAUCUUUGUAGUGUAUGAGAUAUUCACAGAAAUUGUAUGUAGAUGCCUUUUGCUUUGAAAAUUGUGUUCAGAAUCAUAAGUUUAACCUUUGGGACCUAUGUUGUGCUCAUUUAACUUCUCAUGGUGUGUGUGGGGGGGUUUGUUUUGUUUUUUUGCUAAAAUUAUAAUGAUUUUCACUUUUUUCUUAAUACCACAUAAACUAUCCAUCAUUUGACUGUUAUAGCUUAUCAGUGAUAAAAGAGGUAGUAAAUGCCAUUUUUGGUUUCUUUCCUUGAAAACAGUCAUUCCUUGUUAAGGAAGUGUCACAUGGAUUAUGUAUUUUUUAAAAGGAAAAAUUUGAGAGUAUCACUACCACCAGCAUCACUAUUUCAGUAGUUGAUCAAAUACAUUUAAGGAAACCCAGUUGAUGUAUAGUAAAAGGAUUAUUAGCUCUUGAAAGAUUUAACUAUUAGUAAAACACAGAUGGUUUCAAAAAUCUCAGAUCUGGUAAUUCUACAUAUUUAAAAUAACUGUCUGAAAUAUUCUAAGGAUGAAUUCUCCCAAGUAAAUUAGACUAUUUUAGUAAUUGAAAGAUAAUUUCAUGGAAGAAGGUAUUUGUUUUAUACCAGUGACUUGGGGCUACAUGUAUCUCCACAUUUUUUUUUUUUAGAUGAUUACUAAGCUGUUACUAUAAAGAAAUAUCCCAUCUCAUUUCUAUCAAGGAAAAAAUAGUUUUAUACAAUUGUCAUGUUAGGAAUACUCAUUUUAUUUUAAAUUGUUAGUUUUAGAAGCUUAAUAUCAAGUUCCUGGUACCCACAUAUUUUUAUCUAGUAUCUACGUAUUUUUAUCCAGCACCCUUCCUUUGGCUGCCCUCUACACACUUUGUUGGUUUUGGAGCUAGUGUUCAGUUAUGUAAACAUAAAUAUUCUUAAAUGAUGAUUUUACUAUUCAAAAGAGAGUUUUUGUCAAGGACAUAUUUGAAGAUUGAUUUGUUCAAAUGGUCUUUUAUUUUGUUGACCUUAGCAAAGUGUAUACAGUAGAUUCCCAUUAUCAUUACAUAUUUUUUUGUCAUUGAAAUGUAUCAUUUGUGUUUUUAAAUGCAUUCAUUCAUUUUACAGUUGUGACUUUAUCAUUGACUUUAAAUAAAGAAGUAGAAAUAAAAAAUGAAAAUUCAAGUGAAAAGCCCUUUUAUCUGUUAAUGGGAAUAUAUUAGAAUGAUUAAGAAUAUUUUGGGUUUGUGUGUAUUUUUUAAUUCAUGGUUACUUGAGUAUGGAUAAUUAUGCUUUAUAGGUGGAGAAGUAACAAAUAAAGGUGAAGUAAAGUUAAUUGAAAAUGAUGAGGGUUAUAUUAAAAGGAUUUUAGCAGCCAGAUAAAACAAUAGAAAUAAUCUAAUCUAAUUAUUUUACAAAAAGAAAGUAGGGGUAGGGAGAUAACAUGAUUUUCCUAAGUCAAAUCGCUAGAUGGAGAUGGCUUGAAAUAGUGUCCAGCAUCUGAUAAAUCUGACAAACUGUCAACAGCACCGUUACUACCAAGAAGAUGAUUUAAAUCUACACCUCUUAUUGGUUAACAUGUUUGGUUCCAGUCUUAAUAAAGAAAAUGUCAUUAAGAUAGCAUACAUAAUGGUCAAAAUGUAAAAAAUGUUAGGUGUUGGUUUCUAGCUGUUUGAGAGGCUAAAAGUGAAGCAAAGCCUAUGAAAUCAUUUGAAGACUGAAAACUAUUUCAAAUAAACAGUUGCAUAUAAUUAAA